GCACGAUUCAGUACCGUGUACUCAGCCACGAAGAGAGUUUCUUAGUUUCAUGCGCCGUUAUUUCAACACCAGGUGGUUUUCUACCGAAGAGAAUCUUUUACCCCGUUCCAUCAUCGCCAGCGAACUCAUUCCCACUUACCCCGACUCUUAAUCCUUCACGAGUAUAUCCGGAUAAUAGGGAAAAGCUUCGACAAUUGGCGAAAAAAAGCGCGCAAUCAUGUGUCGUACCUGAGCCAACCUACAAAGUCCUUUAAAAAACAAAAGUGCAGCUGCAAAAGGGUGGUUUAAACCGCUGAAAUGUCGUAUACGAGUGACUAACCCUGUUUAACAUCCCCUGAAGGAGCUAGUGAAGUUGAAAAGAGCUAGUGAGCCUCGUGAUAGGGGGUGUGGGAGGCACGGGAACGGGCUUGUUCAAUUGGAUAUAAUGUAAAUUUCGGACAGAACGGUAUCGGCUGUGCCAGGAGGGCUUUGGUUGGUUGAUUUUAACCACUCGUCUGGCUACUGGCUCUCGUGCUGCCAGAAAGGAGCGUUAGAGCGUCAUCACGCAAUUGAGAGUAUUCCAGGUUGUUUGAAAACGACAACUGUCUUUUAGUUAUUGAGUAAAAAAAUUCAUUGACAAUGCCGUGGUUGAGGAAAAAGCCGUUUCAACGUCUUCAUGUAUCAUCGGACUACAGGGACGAUGAUGAGGUUUUUCACUGUGAAGUUACUAAUGAAGUUUUCAAAGAUUAUAAUGAAUACUGCGAGAGAAUCAUACUGUGCAACUCCACCAUUUGGUCGUGCAGUAUCACGGGAAAGACUAAUAUGACGUAUGAGGAGGCACUCGCUUGUGAAGAGAAUGCUAAGGCUAGUCUCAAGGAGUUUCCCAUGGAGUUGAGAAUUCCCAUUUUGUAUUUGGCGACCAAAACCAACAGGACUUCGUUCAACGAAAUGAUCGAGGAUGUGUACCAGUAUGCGAGAGACAGGUAUUUCAUCGGGGAAAUGGUGGAGGCAAGCUUCACGGAGGAUUCUUGGUGUGAGUGCCAUGUGCUCCAGGUUAUUGAACCCACUGACGAACAAAUCAAGGGGUAUUUGAAGGAGAAUCCAAAACAAAGCUCCCAGGAGCGUCACUACCACCCCCCAGCCCAGCUCUUCCGCUACGAGGUAGAACAACUUGAUUGGGGCGAGAGUGAUGUGAGCCAGCUGAUGAUAGUAGAAGCCUCCCAAAUCCGACGAAAGAAGCAGCUGUACGCCCGCGAGCGCAACAAAAUCUUUCUUCGAAUGCUAUGCCAGCAGGCGCCGAAUGGUAUCUGGAUCGUCAAGGACGAGAUCCAGCAGAAGUAUGGCAUUCCAAAAGUCCGUUUUGACUCGAUCUUCGCGGGGCCCAUUCCGGACUUUUCAAAUUUGCCAAAGCGUCCUGUUGUCAUGAAGCAAAAGCAGGGAACCCUCGACAAAUUCCUCACCUCGAACCCCUCCAAGUCUACACAGGAUGCUUUCAAGCCAUCCAAGCCUGUGGAGAACAAUCACAUUGUGAAAAAAAGGGGCCCCAAGGGGCCCAGGCUCAACGGAAAAUACAAGGAGGAUCAAAAGGCAAAGGCUGAGGAGCAGAAAGCCAAGAAGAAGGCAGAACGUCUCCUCAAACGCGAGAAAAAGAAAGAGGAGAGGCUGAAGCUGGCGGCCUUUUCGGCGUACCUUAGAGAUUGGCAGAAACCUCGGGAGGACCUCGAAUGCGAGGACCUUAGGCCUAUCCCAGACCCAACACCAGUCAACUGUCGCAUUCCUGACGCCAAUUUCGGGGAUUUUGUCAUGAUCAUGGAGUUUCUUCACUUUUUUCACGAGGAGCUGGAGAUCUUGUCAUAUUUUCCUGGUGGCGUGACCUUUGACGUUCUAGAGAAGGCUCUCCUACUGAAGGAGACGUCGGGCCCUUGGUCGGACCUUCUGCAACUGCUGUUGGCCAAUAUUUUCAAACAUCAGGCGGAGGAGGAGGACGAGAUACAUGAGGCGAAUUCUGCUGAGGGACUUGCUGAGGCGUCUAUGGAUCAUGGAGUUUCUUCCAUGGCUGAAGCUGUUAAGCUGGCUACUCUUGCUUCUACCUGGUCUCAGACACAUCACGGAUGUCAAUUGUCAGAGGUAGCACUCGAUCAUGUUACUGUCAGUGAAAUACUCAGGCAACAUCUACUCUCUUCUGGGGGUAGAAUCAGCGAAGUUGCCUCUAAAUGGCGGUACUCACAGAGGGGAGGGUACACCAAUCAUGAUGAUCCAGCUUUGGGACUUAGGAUCAUGCAGGCGAGGAUUCUCAGGACUCUUGGACACAGGUCUGUUUGUGAGUUUGAACUCCAGGACAGGCUCAUCGUGGUGACUUGCCUAAUCAAUCAGCUGUUGACAUUUGCCUCAAUCAGAGAUGUUAUCGAGGAGAGAUACGACAAGUUGCAUCAGGCGAGAAGAGAGUUGAAGUCGUUCAUUGUGGCUGAACAAAAAAAAGAGAAAGAGGAGAGGGAGAAGAUGAAGGAGGAAAGGGAGAGGAUGAAGGAGGAAAAGGAGAGUGGCAAGCUCAUUGAUGAGAUCGAUGAGAGACCCAAGAAGACAAGGGGAAGCAGGGAGGAAGAGAAGAAGAGGGAGGAGUAUGAGGAAAGACUGGGGGAACUCAGGCAAGCUGCUAAGGACGAUGGAAUGAUGUUGCUCUUGGGGAUGGACAGGGCCUUUAGGAGGUACUGGAGGCUGUUGUCGGUGCCUGGGAUUUUUGUCGAGGAUAAUGAGGAGUAUCCGGGCGGCUGUAUCGAGGGGGGAACUAAUUAUGUACCACAACUACAGGACAAAGCAUCCGCAGAGAUAUACCUCAGAAGCAAAUUCGAGGAUGAAAAAAGUGACAACAAGGAGAACGAUUUCAAUAAAUCAAAAAAGAAAAAAACCGUGACUUUCGAAAAAAAAGAUAAAAACGGUUUAAAAUCCCCUCGAAAAGACUCGGACGUCAGACGAGCCCUGCUGGCAUGCACAGGUGACAAAGACUGUCCCGUACACCAGUCCAGUACCCGUUCCAAAUGGAGUUUUUUUGGUCGUCAGGAGGAAAUCGAGGACCUCAUAAAUGGUCUUUCAAUUCGAGGAAUUCGUGAAGGCGAUCUACGAAAUAACCUCAUCCAGGAGAGCGAGAGCAUCUCGAUGGCACUCAUCAACUGCCCAAAACACAAACUGAAUCCCGAUGUCUUUUCUCCCUCAAAUAACAAUAACUCCACCAACAAAUCCCGGAAAUCUAAGCAGGAUAGCACAAACCUCAAUUUCCUGCCAGAUGUGCCUAUAGACGAGGUUAUGGAAUUGACCCUGAGGGACUACGUGUUGGAUCUCGAGGACAAGGUGAAGGCUGGAUGCCUGGGAUCAUUAAAGGUGAAAGACAGGGACGCCUGGAGGAAGGAAGUGGGUGCUACCGGAGUUGAUUCUCCAGGAUUGACGACAGCUAUUGAUAAAAUUAAAAAUGAAAGUAGGAACAGUCGUCCUGGGACACCUGACUCUGAGUUAGGAGCCAGUGGCAAGACUUACAGAGAUCCGGGGAAGUACCUUGGGCCCCCAGCUGAUGACGAGGUGCUGCCCGAUGCCAGACAACAGGCGAACAUCAGACAAAUGGCCUUGACUAUUCUCCAACUGUUUCACGCUGUUGAGCCUAAGUACCUGAAGAGACCCCUGGGGAAUGAUGAGAAGGACAAAAAAUACUCAUGCGAGGAGAUGAGGGACAAGUGGGAGCUAUCGUUGUUAGCCUCGACCAGUUGGUCCCAAUUGUUUUUACAUCUUAAUACCUUGGAGGGGAGCAUAGCCUGGGGUAGGAGUGCUCUCAAUGCUCGUUGCAGAAUAUGCAGAAAGUGCAAGGACGCUGAGCACAUGCUUUUAUGUGAUGGGUGCAAUAAGGGACAGCAUUUGUACUGUUUAAAACCGAAGCUCAAUAGUGUGCCUGAGGGGGACUGGUUCUGCGUUAAUUGCAAACCGAAGGAGGUCAAGCCCAAGGCCAAGACCAGGAAGCGGAAGAAGUUCGAUGAGGAGGACGAGGAGGAGAUAAUCAAAGACGAGGAGAUGGAGGUCGAGGUGAAGAGGGAGGACGAGGACGUCAGUGAUAGUCAUUUUGGAAAGAUGAAGAAAAUGGAGACCUGCAGUCAGUGCAACAGCACUGGUAGCCUCUUUGGUUGCGAUAUUUGUAAUAAGUUGUUCCACUUGGAUUGCGUCGAACCGCCCAUGUCCAGGGCGCCCAGGGGGCGCUGGCUCUGCCAUGAAUGCAAGAACCUCAAGAAGAAUGCUACUAAAUUUGUGAAAGGCCGCGAGCGUGAAAGGGAAACGGAGAGACAGUGUGCAGCAGCUGCACGAUUCCGGAUCCAUGGUUUCGCCAAGAGCCUCCUCAGUACAGAAUCCUCCAACUGGUGGGACGAUGGGAGUGCUUCAGAAGAGGUGGAGCAGAGACAGACUCGCAGAGCAACGAAGAGAGCGGCUGCUGUUCAAGAUAAGACACUUCACGAUCUUCUAAAUGAUGUGAUGCAUCACAGAGACUCCUGGCCAUUCUUAUCACCCGUUAGAACUGAUGAAGUACCUGAUUACUACGAGUUUAUCAAGAAACCCAUGGAUUUUGGCACAAUCAAGGGGAAACUUGAGGGUGGAGUUUACGAGCAUGAUUCACACUUAUUCUUCGCUGACUGUCUACUUAUAUUUGAUAAUUGUCAUACGUACAAUGCAGAUCACAGUGCUGUUUACAAUUACGUUUACAGAGCUGGAAUGAGACUCUCCAAGUACUUUGAGAAAAGAGCCCGAGAGAUGGGAUUCAACUACAGCGAAGAGUCCGUUCGACCACCGCCUGCAAAGAAGUUCAAGGAAGAUCCAGCUCAGAAGACCUCGUCCAAUGGGCAUCUACCUAUCAAUGGCGAGAGUUGAAAGGAGAGCUGAACUCUGCACUUAUAAUAAAUUACACUUGACUCGUGCCCUCUAUUUUUCAUUGCAAAAUAGACAAAAAAUUUUUCAAUAAUAGAUCCGAGAUAAUUGUACUUUAUUUUGUUAUAAAACAAUGAUCAAGAUAAUACUGGUGUGUGUUGUUCACAUUCCUGACAUUAUCGAAUACUCACGAGUAUCUGAGAAGGCACCAGCGCCCAGUAUUAAAUAUUAUACUGAAUAUUUUUUAUGUCGAUGAGGAGAUUACUGGAGCCAGUACAACACUGCAGUGUUCUUAUUAGUCUUUUUAGGUUAGAAAAAAUGCAUAUUUGUUCUUUUCAUUUCAUGCCCAUUUAGGAAAUGAACAUAUUCUCAUUUUUUUUUUUUCUUAUUUAUUGUAUGGAUUAUUCAAUCUUGAGAGGAUUUAGCACCAGUGGGAGAUUUUUUGUGGAGGAAGUUGACGAAAAAUGACCUGUAAUUUAAUCUAAAUAAUAUUGAGUACUUAGGACUUCUAAAUAAUAGAAAAUUAUUUCUGUGUGGUAUAUUGCUGAUUAUUGAGUUGAGUUUCGCACUUAAUCUGACAAAUUACGCUCUCAAAACAUCCAUCAUUUGAGGCUGGACCUAUUGUUAGGGUAUAAAAAUAAUAAUUAUGACCGAUUUAAAGAGAUACUGAUGAGCUCUGUAAUAUCGUAUGUUUUUUACAAUUAAACAUUGAUAAUAAAUGAUAUUGUAUUUAAAA